UUAAAAACAAAUCGAUUCCUGUCGUGCAAUGGAACAGCGAACAGGCAACAACAAUGCUCUAUCAACCCUUCGUACUUCUAUUACACAAGCUUGGAUUUCAAUUACCUGCCGAUGCGGGUUCGAUUUUUGCACGCAUUCCCGAUUUCUGGACCGCAGAAAUGAUGUUCAGUUUGGCGCGCAAGCUGGGACCCCUGGACAAAUUGUUGAUCAAGUUCGAUAUGAGUCAGUUUGAGGAAGCAAAUGCAAUAGAGUCGCAGCGUUGUUAUCACGCAACAGCCGCACGUGGUUCGCUUUCCUCAAUGUCCAGCCUGGAAAUGGAUACUGGCGGUUCCGAUGAGUACACAGCUGCGGCUAGUGUCGGCAUGGAGGAGGGUAAUCGCAAUGGUAGAUCGAGCACAAAUGGACGUUCGAGUAGUGGAAGCGGUAGUAUGUUGGCGCCAGUGCUGGAGGUUGAUGCUAGAUUGGAGAAGGCGAGCACGUCGUCAUCCAGUGAUAUUUUUGCUAUGCCAAGAGCAAAGCAUUGUAAUUCGAUAAUAAGAUUUACACCCGAGGCAGCACCAUUGCCACCAGUACCGAAUUGGUUGCAAGUGGUAAUGCGCAGCAAGAUGAAUACAAACGCCACAGCUUCGUCCUUGGAUGUCGCUCUCAAUGGGAACAAUGUAGUUACAACAACAACAACAACAACAGCUACUGCAAAUGAAAGCACAAGCAUUGCAAUCGCACUGACUGCUUUGGUGACAACUGCCACAGCAACAACAGCAACAGCUGCCACAUCAACCACUGCAACAAUACAGCAACAACACAACGCUGUAGUCUCGGCUGCCUUAGCGCCACAAACAACAAUACCAAUCCCCACAGACCAGUGUCCAGCAUCCAUCAACAAUAUAAUUGGCUUGAAUAAUGAGACGAAUAAUAAAGCGAAUAGCAGCAGCAGCAACAGUGCAGGCACAAGCAACUGCAACAACGACAACAAUACGAAUACUAGUAGUGUUGAUGAAAUGAACGAUUGCAGCAGCCGUGGCAGCAACAUGAAUGCCACAAGCAACAACAUUAACAUCCAAAUCAGCAAAAGUGGCGGCGACAACAACAUGAAUGGUGAUGGCGAUAGUAGCGGCAUUGUUGGUGGCGGCAGAGGCAGCGGCAACUAUACUGGCAGUGACAGCAGCGGCAGCAACAGCACUACAAUCAUCCUUUCUGGCACGAACAGUAGCAGCGCCAGUGGCAGUGGCAGCAACAGUUGCCACAAUAAUCACAAUAAUCAACAGGAGAACAAAAGUGUGGCAACCAUGCAAUGUGGCUUUCGAAUACCCACAGCUUUGCCAGCGGCAACAACUAUGCCAACAAUGUCUAAUGUGACAGCAACAGCAAUGGCAGCGGCUGCAGCGGCAGCCGUGGCAGCCACUGAUAAUUUUAUCAUCUAUCAGCAACAGCAACAACAAAUGCAUAAACAACAUCAGCAACAACAACAACAGUUGCAAGCACAACAGCAACAGCAUCAGCAACAGUUGCUACAACAACAGCAACAACAUUUUGAUGCGGCAAUAAAGACAUACGAACGUAGCGAGCAGCCGCAGAGUAUCGACAUGAAUUUCGGCGGUAAUGGAGGUGGUGGUGGCGCAGGUGGCGUAGGUGGAGGUGCUGGCCUGAUUAUGACCGCCGGCAUUGGCGCUGGCUGUGGUGUUGGUGUCAACGUCGGUGUUGGUACUGGUACUGGCGCUGGUGGUAUACUCAGCGUGGGCGGUUGUGCCUCAAGUGCGAUUGGUGGUAUUCACAGCAACUUGGAGAGCGAAUAUAGCGCCAUGGUCGCAUCGGUGUACGAGCAUGAAACUGCCUUCGGUGAUCGUGCCUACGUAGCCUCGGACCUGACAUGCAUGUACGUUAGCGAUGAGGAGGAUAAAAAUUAGUUUCCGAUGACGAAUUUCAACUAAAGCUGACGACGUAACACUUCCACUAACACAAACACACAAAACAUACAUAAAUGUGUGAGAAUUAUCACAAAGAAUUAUAGAAAUCAUUGUGCAAAAAUUCUGGUAUGUAAAUCAUAAGGAAUGUAAAAAUUAGGGCAAGUUUUUCUACAAACGGCCUUUACACAGUAAAGAAUGUGAUUUUGAAAAGGGAAACUUUUUAUAUGUAUGCAAAUGAAAAAAAAAAUGUAGUGAAAAUCGAGCCCUAAAGUGCCGGCUUAGAUAUACAAAUAUACAAACAUACAUACAGACAUACAUAUGUAUAUGCUUAUACAAAUUUAAAUAUCUUUUCUUUCUACAUUUAUGUAAGACAAAUCUAUCUACUUGUUUAUUUUAGUAUAUUUAAGUGUAAAAUUAGUUAAGGCACUAACAUUCUUACAAACACAUACUUAUAUACAUACAUAUGUAGUUUUCUAUGCAAAAGCUUUGAAAAUUGGCUUGGCUAGUCGAAGAGCAAAUAAGACGAAAUUCAGGCGGAAAAAUUCGUAUUUUACACGAAAGCAUGUACCCUUUCAACUAACUUAUUUUUCAUAUGAACUCACACAAAAAAAAAACUAAUUGGAUUUUUUCCAAAAAGUUUAGCUUUGAAGGCUAAAUAUUUCCACUUUUUUAAUCUUUGAUUUUUCAAAUAAAAUAAAGUUUUAAUACACUAUUUUAGUGCAUAAAUUUUCUAGAAAUUAAAUUAAGGUAAUAUUUUAAAUAUUCAGAAAAAGUUUAAAAUGUUAAUCAAGUUCUAAAAAGUUUUAAGGCUUAAGUUUUUGGAAUACAGCAAACAUAUUUCAGAAGAAAAAAUUAUCAAAAAUUAAAUUUUAUCUAAUUUUUUUUAAAUUUUAAUUUUAAAAUUUUUUUUUGCUAAAAAUUUUAUUUUUUUCAUUUUUGAUUUCCUUGUUGUUUAAAGCUUUUUUGUGUUUCUCAAGGGCGGCUCUCGUCUAGAAAAGCAAGAAAAGUAAAAACUAAAUUUAUCAGCAAAUAAGUUAAAUAAAAUUUAUUAGGUAAACGAAAAGUAUCUAUGCUUAAAAAAAAACCAAUUUCCUAAAAAGUUAAUUUUAGAAACUCAAAUUUUUUGUAUAACAGAAGAAAUUGGUUUAAAUACUUUAUGAAAUAAAAAAUCAUUAAAUCAUGAAAAUUUAUAAAAAAAAAAUUAAACAUUUAAUUUUUUCAAUAAACAACUUAUUUAAUUAAAUUAUUUUUAAACACCUUCAAAAAAUUGUUCAACUUUGAUUAAAAAUGAAGGCGUUUCAAAGCUUUGUCUAUGAUAUUUUGUACCACAUAAGUUUCUCUCAAAAUUGUAUA